GACCAUUCCCCAAAACACCAGUACGCCAUGGCCAGCGAUGCUGCAGAAACAGCAUCGCGACAAGUUGGCAAAGGACUCGAGCCCCGUUUCAAUUUCGACGAUGCCUUCGCUGACGAGGAUGGCGAAGACGAGAUUUUCGAGUUUAGUUCCGCAGCCAUUCGGAAACAGCUGGCGGAGAACUAUACAGUGUCGGACGAUACACCAACUGAGAGUGGUUCUGUUAUUCUGGGACAGGAUACAUCUGUGUCCACAUUUGACCUCGAUGGCAGCAUAGCUGAUUCGAGGUCGAGGUCGCUUUCCCCGUCCGAGUCCCCGCAGCCGCGAACUCCAGAAGAGCUUGACGCAGAAGAUGGGUUCUCGCAGGUAUCGCUCUCAGAAGGGCACGCGGAACUAGAAGCCACAGAAGAGAAGCAGAUAACUUCCAACGGAGAUGCGAUCUCCACAGACAAGGAAGGGGCAUACCCUGCCGUCCAUAUCGAUGUCUCAAAGUCACCAUCCAGUCGCGUGGAAACGGCCACAGACAUAGAAACAAAUACACGUUAUACAGAAACAUAUAGCUCGAAUGAUAAGCUUCCAAGCUCAUCGUCAAUUAAUCCCGUUUCUCAUUCAUUUGUAAAUGAAGUCCAUUCCUCCAAUUUACCUUCGUCUUUGUCUCUUCCCCUGUCGAUAGGCUCUGCAAGCUCAUCUUUCAAGCAUAAACCAGCCCGUUCCACGGGACCCAGUGUACUUCAGCAGGUAGUCAGUAAAACAAGACCACCAUUUUUACCCCCUAAAAGUCGUGAAGAAGAUAAAAGGCACAUGGCAGACUGGGAAACCAUGAUGAAGCACAGCCGAGCAGCAGAGGAAAAGCGAAGAAAGGCUCUACAAGAAAGGCGAUUUGCUCGCGAAUCGAAAAUAGAGUUGUCUAUCCCUAUCUGGGAGAAAGAGAUUCUACCGGACUGGCGGGUGGUCAGCAAAAAGUCCACGCUCAAAAAUCUCUGGUGGAGUGGGAUACCCACUAAACUGCGCGCUAGCAUGUGGGAACGAGCGGUCGGUAAUCCUCUUGCUUUAAGCAAAGAUAACUACCGCACAUGUUUUGCAAGGGCAAAGCGGGCAUUGGCUUCUGGCGUGUUCCCUUCAGAAACUAUACAUCUGAUUGAGGAAGAUAUAUUAAGUACUCUUCCUGCUCUUCAUAUUUUCCACCCGGAAACAGGACCGCUAUACCAGGAUCUCAAAGAUAUGCUCUGCGCCUGGGUCGUUUCCCGUUCCGAUGAAGGCCUCGGAUAUGUCACGGGGAUCUCGAAGAUCGCUGCUAUGUUUCUGAUUAAUAUGCCUCCUCAUCAAGGCUUCAUCGUCAUGCGAAAUCUCUUGGAGCGACAUUGCAUGCGUUCUUUUUACGGUGGGGCUGCAGCGAAAGAAGAGGUUGAAGCAUACUAUCGCAUUUUUGAUACAUUGUUGGCCGAUGGGAUGCCAAAGAUCUAUUUCAACUUCAAGCAACAUCAGAUCUCUCCGUCAGCUUAUCUUCCAGAUUGGCUAAUCCCACUUUUCCUGAAUCACUUGCCAUUCGAAGCUUGCGCGCGUGUCUGGGAUGUCUUAUUACUUGAAGGAGAUUCCUUUUUGUUUCGUGCAGCUCUCGCCAUUCUGGCCGUGCUGGAGCCUCGUCUAUUUUUUCCGGACCGACGAGAACUGUUGGAACUACUAAGGGGAGAAAACAAAGCUGCGCUGGAUGUAGCUAAACGGGAUGCUCGCCCACUAGACGGCGGUAAGUAUGAAAUUUACGGCGUCGACGAGGAAACUCUUUGGGAAAGAAUCGAAAGCAUGGAGGAGUGGUGGAGAGAGAGCACAUGGAAGCGACUGAUACAGAGAGAACUGCCGGACUUGUGAUUCCUGUAUGUGUAUACAUGUACGAUGUGAAGCUACUGAGACCCCCGAAAUCUGGAGAAAUACCCCGGAAAUAAUGUAGACGACCUACCCGUAUCAUUGCCCAUCACUACUGUCACCAUCUUCCACCGCGUCUUUGUAGAAAGCAUACAUUUUCCGCCGAUUGGCAUCUCUCGUGUCUUCUUCGCUAGCUAUUGUAAACAUUUUUUGUAGAAGAGCUUUUCUUAAAGGACCGUCCUGCGAUGUUUUUUCCUCUUUGGAGCUUGACAGACAGGCGUUUGUGAUAAGAGUGGGAUAUGUAGAGGUCAGGCGAAGCUUUUUGCGGCUCGGAGGAUCUUCUGAGCGAGUUUGUUUUAGGGCGAUAAAAAGAGGUUCAACAACGGUUUCCUGUAUGUGUUUGUACGUCGUUUUGGUUGUGGGGGUACGUGCUGCCAAAUUGAAGAAUGGAAAUACUAGCGUGUAGAGUGGUGCGGGAUGAGAAGAAGAGGAUGAAGUCAUCGCCUUUUCCAGCUCUUCAAGGUAUAUAUCUGCGAGAUGGAACGGCAGACUAGAGGGAACACGAAUAUCGCUUGGACAUAGAGGCCCACCCGAUUCGAUCAAUAUAGAAUUAUACU